CAAAAAUAAGAUCACGACCGGUAGGCUAUCAUUCCAGUCUUCGGACGGCUCGAAACUGCACUUAAAUUGAAGUACUUAAAAAUAUCUUAACAUUCAGUAUUUUAUUAAUAUCUGCCUUUGUUAGAAUAUAAAAUGGUUUCAAAGAUUUUUAUUAUUGCCUUGAUUGUUGGAAGCGCUUGUGCAGCGACAUGGAGGAGCAAUCAUGCACAGAAACCUCCAGAGCUAGCUCACAAAGAAGGUUGUUAUAUUAAACAAAUAAACGAUGUUAUUCCGUUUGGCGCGUCGAUCACGGCUCCUGAUGGAUGUUACCGCAUCUCUUGUGGCACAACUAUGAUGUCCGGUGCAUCGUGCGGUGCUGUCGCAACUGGUGAUCCUAAAUGCUACGUAACUGAAGAAGACUUGAGCAAACCCUACCCGCAAUGCUGUCCUGACAUCAAGUGUGAUGUUGAUAACAAUUUAUUAUAAACCCGGUAAUUUCUAAGCAAAACUUAUUAUGCUGAUGCAGUUUGAACAAGAAGAUUUCAAAUUUGAUAUAAUUAUAAUUUUUGGAACACAAAAAAAUAUGUUAAAUUUUAAAAUAAAUUUGCGGUGAAAAUACAAAAAAAAGUAGUUAUUAAAGGGCCAAUAAUGCAGGGCUCUAUAUAGGUCGCGUUUACGCGCGUUUUUCUUUCAUUGUACAUUGCUGCAGCGGCUCGUGCAAUAAAUUAAACAAAUUAAUAUUAUCAGCAAUGUAUAACGGCCCG